CGGACGGUUAAGCCUUGGCGAACCAAUUCGCUGGGUUCGACUCUGCACCUGCCCGUCUCGAUUUCCAUCAAUUGAAAGCAUAGUGCCUCAUACAUCUCAUCACUGCUUUUUACUUGGGCGUUCAUAGUCCUGCUGUCUUUUGGAUAAUGUCCUAGGAUUCGGCCAUGAUAUGAUUAAGAAUCAGCCCAUUAGACAUCUUCAUGGAUACACCGCUCGCCCAGGCUGACGCUGUCCGCAGCGCAGUCUCGUCCGUCGCGACUUGCUCACCGACGACCUUGGCCUUGCUCAAGAGUCUGCUGCUCCUCAAAGACGAUGCGUCAGCGGCUGCGAAUUCGACGCGAUCAAAACCGAACACGGUCGCGAGAACGGCGUCAAAACGCGCAAAGCCCACAAAUGUCCGCGCCGACAGCGCCUUGUCAAUACGCGAAAAGGCUACGCUUGCAACACACGUCGUCAAUGCUACACUCAAGGCACUCGGAGAGGCUGCGAGGCCGAGUCCGAUCCCCGUGUCACUCGCCGACCGAACAACCCAAGAAGACCUCGUCAAGGCGGCAACGAAGAACGGACUUCGGCGAUCGAGUUCGAUGCCCAUGAGCCCUCUACAGCCUCGCUCACUAAACCGGCAGUCCACCUCUCCCGUCGCUGCGAAACAUGCCCGAUCGCCUUCAAAGCCGGCAAACAACACAAAUAUACUCUCCACCGUUGAGUGCGCUCGCGUCGCCUUGACUGUUCUUCGCCAGCUAUCUGCCACCGGCAAGAUUUCGCUUCCGGAGCUCCAACUCGAGUCUGGCAUGUCGGCUUUAGUUGGAAGGCUGAUUGCCUUGGGCCUUCACGAGCAGGCGGUGAAUGAGCUGCGCGUUCUUACGAGGAGGUUGCAGGGCACCACGGAGUCGGGGCCAAAGAAGUCGACCAAAACAGCCGGUAGCGAGUCAAAAAAUGCUGCCCACUCUUUCUCAGAUCUCCUUGACUUCAGCACGGUGAAGGCCUCUGGGCAGCUGCUUUUGCUGAUAGUCACAACCCAGAUACAGUCGUUGCGAAUCCUGGCAUCGACUAAAAAGCCGACAGCUAUCGAGGCCGCGUUACCUUAUCUUCAACCAGACCAUGGCUCCUCACCAAUUAAACUUCUCCUUGCAGCAGCGGGGGAGAAAGGAGCUGAUGUCGAAAAGAUUGCCCGACAAAUGGAAACCGUCGCUCAAUGCCUUUUGUCCCUCACCCCCAAUGUGUCCAGCAAGGAUGACAGCCUAGGGCAGGAGUCCCGACUUAGCGUCUCUCCACAGACUGCCCUGCUGUUGCAGACAUUCGCACUGGAAGCCCGGCUGCAUUGGUGGAGGCUGGCCAAGCACAAGGGAGACACUGAGAAGGAUGUCAUGGUUCCAAUGUCGAGAUGCCUGGGCGCCUACAUCCGGAGGACUUCGCAGAAUCCAAAAGCCAGCUAUGCCGCCUGCUUGAACAUGUUUACCCGGGUCUCUCAACAGCUGCACAGUCACGAGCUGCAACUGCCGAAAGGCUCUAAACUCCCUCUUGCUAGCAUCUAUCAGAUGCUAGUGACCCUUUCCCGGGACGCUCAUCUAUUGUCAGAUGCCGUCUCUUGGGCUGCCAAGCUCCGCGAGGCAGUAGAUGCAAAGGCGGAAUCAAUCGCAAAGACCUGCUCUCUGACAGCACAGCUGCUUUCUCUUCAUCUGAUGCAGCCCACAAAGUAUCUCUUGAGUGACCAACUUCUUAGAGAGCUCGUCGAAGGUAUUCAGGGUCCCCUGCGUGGGGACAGCGUCGAGCUGGACGAGCUCUUGACCAACGUCUGUGCUGUCCGCAAAUCAGCCAUGAAUAUCCUCUUCACCCUGGCCAAGUCCAACAGUACUGAGAAAGUCUUUGGACCAUCGCCAGUCGUCAGGGACCUUCUCGAGACAUUUAUUCUUCAGUGUCCUCGAUUCUGCCUACGUUGGCUUGGUAAACCCCCAGGGCCCAAAGGCAUCACCAAGGACUAUCUCAGAUAUGAACAACGACGGCGGCUUAUGCUGCAAUAUCUUCAACAUAUUCUGGACUCGGCAUUCGUGACCAUCAGGACUUGUUUGGAUCAGGGCCGACUGUCUUGGGACCUUGUGGAUUCUAUCCUCAGCGACUGCACCACACUCCUGGACUACGCGGGAAGCCCAGCUACGCCCGACCCUGUGACGUCCCCCUUCGUCAAGAUUUCGCAUUUCUAUUACCUGCAAUACAGUUCCUUGCGCCAGCAAUCAACUGACCCGAAGGACGCAGCCCCACUGCGAGCCCUGCGUCGUUCCGUAGAAUGCGUCAAGAACCGGCCAGGCGCGGAGAAGGAAAAGGCUCAGCUCACUUUAAAACUAGAACGGAUGGCUGACGUCUGCAAGACGAUGGGCAAGGGAGAGGAGGCUCUUGGCGCUCUUCAAGCAAUUCGGGCAAGCUUGUUGGAGGACGGUGUGCUGAAGUCGAUCGCUAAUUCCUUGGACACCGAAUCUCCCGCCACCGCCUGGAACGGUAGCGAAAAAGCCGAGGCCCUUUCUCGUGCCCUCCUCUCUAUUUCAAAGAUGGAGCAUGCGUGGGUUGACUGGACAGUUAAUCUUCCCGAGCCGGAGCGGGCGGCCGCAUUAGAGCACCGCGUGCGGUUUAUCCUGCUGAGAGAAGGCAUGAAAGAGCCCCAGGUUCUACUCGAGCAUCCCGUCGUGGACCAACUGCUCCGCAUCUACGUUCCAAGCCGGUAUCCGAUUCGAAGACUCAGGGUGUUGCUCACCCUACUCUGCUCCGCGCUUGGGAGGCUGGACAAGGCGUCUGAACUUAUUUCAGUCACCAAAGAUGCUGCGCAGCUUGAAGACCAGGGCAAUCUCGGCGAGGAUUCAGGUUUGGCUACAUUUCUUCCGCACAUGAGGACGCUUUAUACCUCGCUAGCCGCAGCGGUAGAUGCCUAUUGCGACAGCGACGCACUUCAGAAAUCCAUCUACGCUUGGCGGAACAUGAUCGAGACAUGCCGCGACCGGGCGAUGUUGGAGAAGGCAGUCGAUGACUUGCCAGGGCUCUUGAACUAUCUCCAAUCCGUCGCCGAUUUUCUCCGCAUGAAGGGCAGGGACGGUCUUCUCGCCGACACUCUUGGACUAAUGGCGGACAUCGUUCGGGUAGCAGACGGGUCAAGAGCAGAGGACAUCGUGCAAUACAGUUCCUGCUUGGCUCUGCAGUACACCAAUCUGGGCCAGUCGUCAAGGGCCGAGCAGGUCUUUUUGAAAACGCAGGAGUAUAUUGGGGCUCAACUGCGAGCAGAGACCCUCGCCCAUUUCCACCUUACUUUCACCGAGCAUAAUCUUGCAAUCUGCAAUUUCAGACUAGCAGAAGAUCACCUCUCCCUAGCACAACAUGCUUUCAAGGCCGACACUCCGCUUCAAAGACAUGGCCGGGCAGAGAGGAAGCGACUGGUAGCAAAAGCUUGCUACUUGUACUCUGUCCUUGCUCUUGAGCGUGGCGACUCGCACCAUGCGCUGGUCUAUGCUCGAGAGAGUGUCCGCAAUCUCUUUCAGGAUUGGGUGAAGCUGGAGUCUCGGCUGGCGCGAGGGACUGCGACGAAGCAAAGCCACAUCGAAGAUCACAACAUUGACAUUUCUGCCACCGAACUCACCGGAAACACAGAACGGCAAGGUCUAGGCCCUGAGUAUUGGAGGCUGUUCUACGCCUUGUACCGCAACGUAUUCUGGCUCUCUUCAGUAUACGCUCACAUAGGCAUGUUCCAGGAGACUAUGUACUACGCGGAGCAGGCCCUGAAGAUGGCCCAGACCGUCAGUUCCGAUUUCUAUAACGCACAAUGCUCCGCAUGGAUUGGAUCUCUACUCUGGCGAGCCGCCAAGGCUGAAAGAUCUCUCGAAAUGCUCCAAAAAGCUGCGGCUCUCCUUCAGAAUGACGACCACUCCUACUCCUCCGCUACUCUAGCCUGCCAUUUGAGUUCCAUGUAUCUCUCCCAGAAUGACCUGGAAGGAGCAGAACUCUUACUCGCCAAGGCUGAGGCGAUUGCGCAGCAGCUUGCAGCGAUUCCCAGCAGUCUACUUGCUGCCGAGAGCGUGUCUGAGGUCGCAGUAGUCGAGGACAAGAUUGCGAGGCUCCAGAUUACCGACAAACCCCCAAAAGCUGCCCGCAAGACCACUAGGCAGCCAUCAGUAAAGAAACAAACGAAGGUGCUGGCCACAUCGAAAGCAAAGGGCACCGUGACCCUUACUCCCGGGCGGUUGAUCGAAGAUGCCCAAUUAGCCAAGCUCAAAUCGUCGAUUCUGGUUCAGAAGGCUGUUUCCAUGCUCAGUCGAAGGGAUUGGGCUGGGGCUCAAUCGGCUCUCGGAGAAGCCACAGCUGCGUCAAAAGCGUCUAGCCUCCUGUCCAUGCGCCAAGUUGCGAUGGCAUCUUGCCUGUUGGGUAUGAGUUUGGAACAGAUGGCACAGGAUCCCGUGUUUUCCGUUAUUCAAGACUCCACAAUCUCCUUCCCUGCCCUCUCCGGUACCGAUAAGAUCGCACUGGCACGUUCCCCAGCGAAGGCCGCCUCUCCUAGGAAAGUGCGAAGUGCCGCCGCUGCUGGUCAACGGGACCCAACUUGCGAGACCGCGCCCCGACUCUACGUCGAGAACUUACGUGAGGCUCAUGAUUACCUCCUUCAGGCACACUCGGUAGCAGCCUCGAGUGGCGAUGCCAGUUACAUUCACAAGAUAUCCGGCAUGCUCCAGAACGUAGGACUUUUCCUUACGGCUGUUUCGACAAAGUCAAAAACGACCACCCACUCCGCCCAAACGUCUUAUUGUGUCGAGUUAGCACGGAAUCUUAUUUGGCACCGAGAGCGGAAAGCGAUUCUCCAGGAAAAGAACGCAAUCAAAAAUGACGGGACAGAAUGGCCGCCAGCUUUUAGUUCGGCUGCAUCGAGGAGGUCAAGUUUGGGGUUCACGCUUGACUUGCACAAGGUUCAGAGGGAUUACAUUGACAUCGUACCCAAAGACUGGAACGUGAUUUCCAUUUCUCUCAGCGAGGGCAAUCACGAUCUGUGCAUAACCAAACUCCAGGCUGGACAGACGCCCUUCGUCCUCCGCCUGCCACUGGAGCGAGCGAGUUCCCGCGAUGCAGACAGCGACGUCUUUGAUUUUGAGCAAGGUCGCUCUGAGCUGCUUGAUAUUGUUAAGCAGAUCAACAAGACAUGCCACGACUCCAGGGACAUGAGCGUCAAGGGGGCCAAAAGUGCAUGGUGGGCCGAGCGAGAAGCGCUAGAUGAGCGGCUGAGGGCGUUGUUGGAAAAUGUCGAGCAAAUCUGGCUGGGCGGUUUCCGCGGAAUUUUCUCGCAGCACGUCCGACAGCAAGAUCUGCUGGGAAAGUUCCACAAGGAUUUCUUGGCCAUUCUGGAUAAGCAUCUCCCUUCACGUCGACAAGUUCGGGGAAAAAAGAGCAAGGCGGCGCCGAAUCUGAGAGCAACUCUCGACACCAACAUCUUGGAUCUCUUUAUCGGUUUGGGCGAUGCCACCAAGCCGGAUUCCGACUUUGAUGAUGAGCUGAACGACCUUCUUUACUUUGUGGUGGAUAUUCUACAGUUCCAUGGCGAGCGCAACGCAUAUGACGAGAUUGACUUCGAUUCGAUGGUGGUUGAGACGUUCGACGCUCUGCAGGCCUACCACUCGGCGGCCAAAACAACCGAUAACUCAUCCUGCUCUAGAUUCCACACCGUGUUACUUUUGGACAAGGCGCUGCACGCUUUCCCUUGGGAAUCCCUUCCUUGUAUGCAAGGGCUCGCCAUCUCGCGCAUGCCCUCGCUAGCUUGCCUCCGUCGUCUCAUUCUCGACCAACAACAACAACAACAACAACAACAACAACAGACCUUGGUAAACAACAGCAAGACCUGCGAGGAGGAUGAGGCCAAUUCUGGGGUAUCACAAGAAGGCCAUCACAUAUCCCUGUCCCGAGGCACUUACAUACUCAACCCUUCUGGAGACCUCACUUCAACGCAAUCCACCUUCUCCCAGCCGCUCGAAACUCACGUGCCCCCGCCAUGUUCGUCCUCGUGCGGACGGGAUGAACAAGCACAAUGGAAACGUAUCACUGGCCGUGCACCAAGCGAAGACGAGUUCUCUAACGCCCUCACCGGUUCGGACAUUCUGCUCUACUUCGGCCACGGCUCGGGCGCGCAGUAUAUCCGUUCCCGCACCAUCCGCCACCUGUCUCCGCGCUGCAAAGCCACCGUUUUACUCAUGGGGUGCUCCAGUGCUGCGCUGGUUGAGGCCGGAGAGUUCGAACCUAGCGGGCCAGUCUGGAAUUACAUGCUUGCUGGCUGCCCAGCCGUGGUGGGGACGCUGUGGGACGUGACGGACCGGGAUAUUGAUCGGUUUGCGGGCGGUUGCUUGGAGCGGUGGGGCGUUCUGCCUCGAGGGAGUGUCACGAGGACGGAGAAAGGUGAAGAAGGAAGUGAGAAGAUGUCGUUGGUGCAAGCAGUUAGGGAGGCUAAGGCGGAUUGUAAAUUCCGAUUUGUUACGGCGGCGGCGGUGGUGAUCUAUGGUGUUCCGGUUUAUAUCGAUAGAGGGUGAGCAGGGACGAAUGGCAUUACCUGUUGUAAUGGCUGUCUUGUUCUAGAACUGUGCCGGUUAGACGGCAGCCAAGAAUUAACUUGGUGCUCGAGCUCAUUAAUCGAAGACCAGUGCAUCCUACUUCGUAGUAGUCGGAGAGUUCUAACUUCUGUGCGAAGACACGGGCGUUGCGGGAUGGAGUUCGUCAGUAUACUAGUAGUCGUACGAAGUACUUAGGUACAAUACCAAUG